AUGGUCUUCUCUCUUGGCCGCCUAGCCUGGGCGCGGCGGACGAUGGGGCACAGCAUGGCGCGGCGGGGGACAGAGGCGCCGUGGGGGAUGGGGGCACAGCGGGACAUGGCAGCGGCAGCAUGCUGGAGUGGCGCCUCGAUUCUGGAGCCCAGCGGAGGAGUCGUGGCCCCGGUGGCGGUGGUGGCCCCGCAUUUCUGCGCGCCCUACGUAGUGCAACUAUCGGUGAAGGAGAAAUUUAGCCUCCGGGAGGGUGACUUCGCCAUCACCGACACCAACGGCGCCGUGGUGGUCACAGUCAAGGGCGCCUUGAUCAGCAUCCACAACCGUCGCCUCCUCCUCGACGCCGCCGGCAAUCCCCUCCUCUGCCUGCGGGAGAAGGUAAUUAGCAUGCACAACACAUGGGAAGCGUAUAGAGGGGAUAGCACGAGAUCAAGCGAUUUGCUCUUCACUGCCAAGAAAUCUUCAAUCCUCCAACUGUUCAAAACAGAGAUGUAUAUCUACUUGGCUUCCAACACUUCACAUGAGGUCUGUGAUUUCAUGAUGAAGGGUAGCUUCAAUGAGAGAUCAUGCUCUUUCUAUCUUGGUAACUCCAACACUUUGAUUGCUAAAAUGCACCGUGAGCAUACCGCCACAAGCAUGGUGUUGGGAACAGACUGUUUCAGUCUCACCGUAUUUCCAAAUGUCGACUACGUGUUCAUUGCGGCGCUAGUUGUGAUUCUGCAGGAGAUUCACACGGAUAAAAAUGACUGA